AUGUGGACCUUGUUUUUCUCUUUCCCAAUCCUUGCCAUCUGGGGCGCUGUCCCAGUCCAAGCUUUUGGGGUUCCCCUCAUCAAUACUGCUCCCGAUCCAUCUGGAGAUUCUUCUCCCACCGACACCUCAUGGAUCAAACAAUUUACGGCCCUGGGAGAUAGCUACGCUGCUGGUAUGGGUGUGGGCAACCAGGUUGAUUCAGCUUGCUCUCGGUAUUAUCGAGGCUAUCCCGACCUCCUGAAGAAUGUGUUCGUGUCAGACGCGACUUUCCAGAAUAUUGCGUGCUCAGGUCACACAUCAGUUCAAAUUGAGGAGAAAGCCAAAGAGCUGCCUGAUCACUCUCAGGAUCUGAUUACCGUUUCAGCCGGCGGCAAUGACGUCUUUCUCUCGGAAGUCUUGAAGACCUGUGUCUAUUCUCUCUCAUCAAAACAAGAUUGCGAAGCAGCCAUCAAGAAGACCCAGGAUGCGAUUGCGGAUCUAGAGCCACAUAUCAAAUAUUUGCUGGAUACUUUGCAGGCCAAGAUCAAAGACAAGGGCAUAAUCGCCUAUACUCUCUACGCGAAGUUCUUCGAUGAUAGUACGGAGAGUUGCACUAGCGAAGUGUAUGACACGGUCAAACAAGUUUUGAACCCCGAAUAUCCUCCAGUAGAUAAGGACUUGCGGGGAAGAUUGAAUGAUCUUGUUUACGACACCAAUGUGAAGCUUAGGAAUGCCAUCGGCACCGCUCAAGCAAGGAAAGGGUCAUUCGGCGGCGAUUUCCUAGCAGUUGAAUGGGACCAAUAUGUCUCUGAUGUUGGUGGACGAUUCUGUGAAGAUGGUGAUCCAGACUUAUCAGACAACAACCCGAAUGACCCUAACCACCCGGGGCUUGUCUUUCAAAGACUGAGCACAGGCGACAAUGGUAACAUACCAAAGGACAAGCAAGUCGUCAAUAGUGACGACAACAGCAAUCGCAAGAGAGGGGUCUGGGCAUCUAUCUCAAGAAGACGACUUCCAGAUUUCAUCGCUAGUGUCUUCCACCCGACGGAGCUUGGACAGAAAAUGAUUGCCAUCUCGGCACUUCAAGCAGUUGUGGAAACAAUGUACAACCGGAACCCUUCCGCCCCUGCUGGACCAUGCUCCAAAAUAGAUCCGAGGCCAGCUGUAUGCAAGCUUGACAGUAAGGCUGGCUCCAGUGUAGGAAUCACGGCAGACAAUUAUAAGAAAGCGAGUGAGGACUGGUGCAAAGAUACUUCGAAGAAUGAUUACCAAAGUCAGGAUUAUGGCAAAGGAUUCUGGGAGUCCGACGAUGACCUUGGAACGAAGCUCGGAAGCGGCGAGGGCGAAGGCGACCACCAAACGACGAAUGAUUUCACCUUCACUCUCGGCGGUCACGACCUGAUGAAAGUCAUCGAUCCCCCACAAUCAAAACAGCCUUGGAACCCGAUGGAUGUGUUCAGCUUUCAGUACAAGGAUGAUGAACAUGGGAAGACGGACACGAAAACUUACAAAGGGACCGACAAAGAGAUUGUACCAAUUCCACGAAAAGACAAAACUGGCGCCCCUAUGGAGCCUAUUAUGGUGACAAUCUUUUCGUGCGAGAAGCAACCCGAUGAUGGCGAAGUCACAAAAGCAGUAUGUACGUUCAACGCCAAAGUAAUGAAUGCGAGGGCCACGCCAAAUUCAUGA